AUGGCUUCUCAGACCCUCACAGGGAUUACUAGUACUGAGUCCAGAGUAAACUCACUGAAUAUCCCCAUCUUGAAAUUCUCAUACUCCACCACCUCAGCAUACCGUGCCUCUCCGUUAGGAUGGACGCACCUAUCAAGCAGCGGUGAUCUCACUGUUGUUUUCGAUCAUAUCCUGCCCCAUGAGACCUCCGCUUCGUUUCCGGAGGGAUACCAAUGUAUGAGAGUAUAUAAGGGGAGUGACAUCUUGGUCAAGUUCUCCUCCGAUUCUGACUACUCCAAUGCUAUAUCCAUAUUGGCGAAACUUGGUUGCCCAAUCACACAUUCUGCAUCAGUCCCACCUCAGCAUGCUUCGUCUAAUCGACCAUUCUCUCCCUCUUCCCAAAAACCUAGCCUACUGAAGCUAAACAAUAGUGGACAUACAAUGUCGCAAGCACUCUCAAGUCGGCCCGCAGUAGCAGUAGACCAACACCAGACACGACCACGGUCACCUUCCCUGACAGAGCCCAGCACGUCAGGGUCACUUAUUAGUUCAUUGAGCAAUGGGUCAACAAAUGUAGGCUCCUAUCGUGAGGCGCAUGAUAGACCUCACACUUCGUCGCUAUCCAUCCCUCAAAGAGGCACUACUCUCAACAAUACAACAUCUGCUUCGGCUUACCUAGACAUACACCGCCCAUCGUCCGCCUUCCGCCCAGUGGAAAGAGAUAUGCCCCCUUUCCCUUCAAGCCACCCAGGCCCUAGGAAAAUGACUCACUGUUCCUCCAAAGACAGGCCAGCCACAGCCCCAGCAUUGCCUGAUGUAAACUCUCUUAGUCAGAUUUUACCCCCAAAACGAGAGCUACCUUUCGCCAAACCUGGAAAAAAAGCCGGCCCAAAGCGGCCGUCUCAGUCACGAGUACCCGCUGGAAGACAAGCAACAAAUCCUGUGCUGUCAGGUUCCGGCUUGCCCCUUUGUAUAUCUCAAUCGCGCACUUCUACGUCGAAUAAUCCCAGAGCGAACCUAUUAUCCGUCACCAGCCAAGAUGGCAGCGGAGCAGUUUCCGAUGGGGAAGUUAGUGGUAGUUAUGCAAAUCCAAAUCCAAAUCCUCCUUUCUGGCCCCUAACCCAUGUAGUUCAAAGCGCGCAUAUUGGCAAUAUGGCACAAGAGUCCACCAACACAGCUGCGAUCGAAUCUAACACUCUAUUCGCUAAUAGCACGUCAGCAGGCCAUGUCAAUGACUUAAACAACAAAGGAUCAGGCACAGAAACCAUCUCUACCCCAGCAAUUCCAGCUAACCCACGGAUUCCAGCCCAAAGCACGGUGGCAAGAGGAUUCAUUUCUCUUGCGUCACCUAAAAAUCAAAACGAGAUAUCGCAAUCAGACUUAUCGGCAUACCUUUCAACGCCAAAUGCAGAACGAUCCGCGCUGGUAGAGUCGUGGGUUUGCUCACAGCUGGAAAGUGACGCAUUCCUGGCGCUUUGUCAGGAUGUCGAGGGGGUGUGGAGGAGGAUAGCCUUCGGCUAUUAG